AUGGACUCCGACAUCCCCCCACCGGGCAUCGACGAACCGAACCAGGUCCUCCUACGAGGUCCUUCAAUAUCAUCCGAUCCGGUUGCUUCAAGUCCACUUCCAGCUUCACUAAGUUCCGAGGUAUCCGUCGACAAAUCGACGACUACCUCCGGGCUCGAGCGGCCUAAAGCGACAGCUGCCGGUAGCUCUGGCGACGAUAUCAUCCCACAACCCCUGCAGAAACGUCGGACCAGUAGUUUCGAAUACCAUGAAGACGGUCCAUCGCAAUAUGAUAGCUUGAAGCUUGUUUCCAGGGGCCCAAACCCCAUUUCCCCUCUUUUCCUCGACCUCCUUCGAGGUAAAAUUCGCGAAGCCGAACGUCAACUACACUUCGCCCUCCUCUCAACCUCGACUCGCGACUCCCAUGAUGCCUCAAAACGUUGUUCCUGCGCUUUGGCGGAACUGGACUACGUCCGACAACGCGUAAUCCUCCCACCACCAAUCCAACUCCUAGAUGCCAGAGUCCUACGAACCACAGCGCUAUCAACAUUACAAUAUGUCGGCGUUGGUGAAGAUAGAGUUCUCGAUGCUAAGAAAGCCGAGAAUCUAAUAGAAAGGGCCUUUCAGGUACUGGGAGAAUUAGUGGAUUGGGAGGAAGUCAAAAAGAGAGGCGCAGCCGUUGAGAUGUUGGAGGAGUUUUUGCCUAUGUGUUAUUUUGGGAAGGAUGCCGGUGGGAAGGUAUUACCUGAUGAGACGACUUCGGAGGAUACCGCUGAAGGUGAAGAAGGGACCAUCGAUUUUACGGAAUCGUUGGUACUGUGGUAUCAAAUGAUGGUAGACCAUGCCAAAAUCACACUAGUUAAAACAGAGAUAAAAGAAGGCGUCCACGGAAAGAAGAUCAAGAUCGAGAACCUUGCCAAGGCCGGUCGGCUCUUCGCCGUCGCUUUAGAAGGCAUGAAAGAAAUCUACGAAACAGACGGGAGUGUUGAUACUGAAUACGUUGAUUACAAGAAGAGUGCCGAAGACGGACUCCAAAGAAUCGCAGAUAUCGCUGUCAGAGUGUGGAAGCAAGACGAACUAGUCGAGAUUAUGGAAUCAACAACGCCCAAGUUGGAUAUGGAGAACAUCAAACUCAAGGUCAUCAAAGCGAUGCAAAAAGCUCAAGAAGAAUCCCAAGAAAGAGCUAAGAGGAAAGAGCAAGCGAAAGAAGAUGGAUAUGCUGAUAGACCACCAAAGACACCAGCCAAUGAUGAUGGACCCGAAGAGGAGGAAGACAUCUCUAAAAAUAAGGGCAAGGGGAGAGCUACCGAUGCUGAUGACGAAUUUACACCGCUCAGUCCGAAGCCGAUAUCUGCGAAAGAGAAAGGGAAAGGCAAGGCGAUUAUCCUGGAUGAUGAUGAAAAAGAAAAGGGACUGCCCGCGUAUACCCCAUGCACAGAGAUCCCAAACACUGGCCAGAAAGAGGAUGACUGGGUCAUUGUUGAACCAAAGGAAUAA